CGGCAGAGCGGCGAAUCCACCACCACGAGACCUUUCUCCUCCUUCGCCAGACUGUUCGAUGUUCUGUCUCCCCCAUUCUGAUUCUGUUUCAGCUUCUCUGACUCUCUGAGAAGCGUCAUCGAUCGAAUUUCAUUUCACCCUGGUGUCAGAAUUCAUACACAGAGAAACCUCCAGAAAGUAGAGAGAGAGAGAGUCCGAGCUGGGGAAAAUGCCGCCAUAAAGAGAAUAUAAUUCUUCUUUUCAAAAACCCUAGAAUUCCAACACUUUCCUCCCUUUCCUUGUUGUGCUUGCUUUUCCCCCCUUCUCGCUUUCGGUCUCCCUUUUUAAGGGGGGUUCACUUGUAAAACUAUUUCUUGGUGGUGGGUUUUCGUUUUGUUGAUCGAUCUGCAUUUCGGGUUAUAAAGUUGAGAUCGUUUACCCCACAAGGCCCUCAGUCGUCGUUGCUUUUUGUUAGGCAAGGUCGAAGUUCGCGAUUGAAUCAUCAAUCGUCUUCCCGGGGGUUCUGCAGCUGUGUGAAUUAUUCCCUUCUGAUGUUUGAUUUCCAAGUUCUGAAUAAAAACCCUGUAAAAUUUUCAGCUGGGCAAUUGUUCCUGUACUCCAUUCCCUCUGUUUUCCUUCCAUCUCAUGUUGUAUACUUUAUAUGUUGUCUAUACUGUCUUAGAUUCCGUUUAAAAAUUUGAUCUUUUUUCUUCAACAACCUUUUCUUUGAGUGGAAUCGGUUGUCCUCGGUUCUUCUGAGUUCAUUUUGGCUUGGAACUGUUGAGUAUUCAGUUCGGGGGAGUUUGAUAGAUAUGGCGGAUAGGUAUAGAUCGGCUUCGCUGGAGGACCUACCUUCGCACUUGAUUCUUGAGAUAUUGACUACUGGAAGGCUUAGUGCCGGUGAUCUUGUUCAUUUAGAACUGACCUCUAGCAUAUUUGGAGGAGGACAUGGGUUGUACCCUCAGAAAUUCAGGUCCUUGGUGGAUUUCGCGGCAUUUCAGCUCUGUUUUUCGAGUAGUAUUUACAAAGGAAUGGGAUGGAAUUCUCAGAAACAGUUGUUUGAUCGCUGUGGUGGGAACUGGAAGAGGCUCUUGAGGUUCCUGCAGGCUGUGGAAGAAUCAUCGGGCAUGGUCGAGACUUCUGCAGGCAAUAUGCAGAUUACUACAGGGAUGUAUCACACGUUGCUGAUCAGCAAUUCGUCCAUUUAUUCUUGUGGUUCCAGUUUGACUGGUGCUCUUGGACAUGGACCUGAAACAACACAAUGUGUUGCAUUCACUCGAAUUAGUUUACCACCAUUGGCACAUGUUGUACAAGUCUCAGCCUCCCAUAAUCAUGCUGCUUUUGUUCUGAAUACUGGAGAGGUUUUCACUUGUGGAGGCAAUUCGUCAUUUUCUUGUGGUCAUCGGGAUACCAGCCGCCCCAUAUUUAGGCCUAGACUUGUGGAUGCAAUGAAGGGAGUUCCUUGCAAGCAGGUUGCCACGGGACUCAACUCUACAGUAUUCCUUUCUAGACAGGGCAAGGUUUACACCUGUGGAGCUAACACAUAUGGGCAACUUGGUCAUGGUGACACAAUAGAUCGACCGACACCAUCAAUUGUUCAAUUGCUGGAGACAACUGGCUCCGUGGUUCAAGUUGCUGCUGGUCCCGGUUAUGUUCUAUCUGUGACAGACAAUGGAGUAGUUUACUCUUUUGGUUCUGGUUCUAACUUUUGCCUGGGCCAUGGAGAACAGCAUAAUGAGUCGCUGCCUCGUGCAAUCCAGACGUUUCAGAGGAAGGGUAUUCAUGUGGUUCGUGUGUCUGCCGGGGAUGAACAUGCUGUGGCACUCGACUCAAAUGGAUUUGUAUACACAUGGGGUAAGGGCUAUUGUGGAGCACUAGGCCAUGGAGAUGAGAGUGAUAAGACCCUUCCAGUAAUAUUGAACAGUCUUAAGAACCACCUAGCUGUUCAGGUGUGCGCGAGAAAGAGGAAAACGUUUGUUCUGGUGGAUAAUGGUUCAGUUUACGGUUUUGGUUGGAUGGGGUUUGGCAGUUUGGGGUUUCCUGAUAGAGGACCAUCUGAUAAAGGGACGAAACCCAGGGUUUUGGACAGCUUAAGGGCUCAUCGUGUAUCUCAGAUAAGCACAGGCCUGUACCACACCAUUGCAAUCACCAACAAGGGCCGCAUAUUUGGCUUUGGAGACAACGAAAGAGCACAGCUCGGACACGACUCACUGAGAGGAUGCCUCGAGCCCAUGGAGAUCUUCGUUGAAGAUGUGGCAGCAGAUGAAAAUGAUGCAACACAACAGUGAAACCGGAACGAUGGACAAAAAAGAGGCCGCUUUCCAGCCUGAAUCUUUAAUUAAUGCUAGUGUAACCGAAGAACAAGCUGAAGUAAUGAGUUGAUGUUGUUGUAGACUUGCAGUAGAAACUGAAUAUGAUUUAUUUGACCACACAAUGGUGUGAGCUUUUCAAUUGCUGCUCAAGUGCCAUGAGUGUCUUUGUAGUCCAGGAAAUCGUAUAUCAAGGAUAGCUUUGGCCCCCUCUUUACAUAAUUGUGUCGACGGCAGAUUUCAUAUCCUGAAAGUCCCCUCGCAGUCCCCAAGCCAAGGUAAGCCUGCCUUACCGUCGAGCUCCCGGAGACGAUGCAGGCCACCGGGAUUGUAAGGCGCUAGUGGCGGCCGGAGCAGUGGACAGCCAGAAACUG